ACGACGUGUUUGUUUUCUACCGCACCUGUUUACAUUUCCCCGCGAACCUACGAUGCCUUCUACAAGAAAAAUAAAGAAAGAAAACAAUGAAGUAGAUGAUGAAGAAGCUGAAAACCCAGAAACAGAAUCAAAAAAGCAAUCUUUCAUUGUUAAAGACCCAACCCAAUGGCUAUUCUUUACAAAAGAUGAAGUUAUAAAGCCGGAUCCAAACAAAAAUAACGAGACUGUUGUAUGUGGAUUGAGACAUCCGAGAACCGGACAGAAGUGCCUGUUUUUAUUCACGAAUGAAGACAAAGAUAUUUAUGAGAUUGUACAAUUUAAAGAAGAAUAUAGAUCGUGGUUUAUUGGAGAGACCAUUCAACAUGAUGGCAGUAUAUUUCUUACAACACAAGUUGAUCCAGUUUUCCUUAUUCUGCCAUACCUAAUCAAGGCUGCUCAGUCUGAGAAGUUCAUGACCUUGGACCAGACAGUGUGUGAUGACGAUUUUCCAGAAUGUCAGAGAUUACAAAGUUGUUGUCAGCCGGAACUUCUGGAGCAUGUAGCCGACGUUAAAGGUGAUGAUGACUUUAAAGUAUACAGAUUCAACAAAGAUAAAACUCUAUCAUGGUUAAAGUUAAAGACAGAAAAUGUGUGUAAAGUGUUGGAAAGGAAGAAUAUAUGUGUGUCUGGUGCUAAAACAUCCGAACUUAUUCAGAGUAAGGCAACUGAAGAUGAAUAUAUGAGGUAUGCAUAUGGAAUUGUGUCAGAUUAUCUCUCUACAGAGAUGAGUUCUGCUCUCAGAGAACAUCUAGGUAUUCCAGUUGUUACAGAGAAGAGACCAUCUGAUGCUAAAAAUCCUCCAUCAAAGCGUGCAAAGUUGGAAGAUAUAACACCUAGCGAAGAUUACAGUUCAAAUGUUAAACAGGAUGAUAAAUCUAAUAAGUAUAACGGAAGUGCCUCACAACUGAAGCGGAAACCAGUUUGAUGCGCAAAGUAGUCCAAUGGUAAACAGACAACAGCACAGAAGAAGUUGGAGAAAGUUGACAAGUCUGGCAUGAAGAGCAUGAUGAGUUUCUUCUCACCGAAAACCAAAUCUUGAUAAAAAUUAUUGUGCUAGAGUAUGACAUUCUUCUGGAGAAAAUGGCAUUGCAGUAUGUUCUUUGUAUAUUUGUUUUAGCUAAUCAGAAUGAUGUUCCCAUUACUGCAUUAUUGUUGAAAUCGCACUGCCUGAAGAGUUUGGUUAUAACCUUAGUGUACCAGUUUAUCUUUCUUUUUUAAGCUAGUCUGGAAUUUGAGGACUUUUGACUACAGGAAGAAAAAUAUUCAGGGAAACUUGUGAGAAAUUAUUGUUCCCAGAAUAUCUUUUUCAGUCAAGUCUGAAAUAGAGCAGGUCAGGGCUUUUGUGGAAUUUGACUUAACAAGUAUUAAGCAGGUUAGAUAGGUUCCCAGACACAUUAAUAAUGUUCAUAAUUAAGUUAUGCUUUUGAGGUUUGUUUUGGGAAGAACAGUUUAUGCUCCUAUCCGCAGGAGUUAUGGAUACUUUGAGAUAAAUUUACUAAUUUUGCCUAGUUGUACAUGUAACUAAUUUGAUUGUUAAAUUUGCAACUUUACAAGGAUCCUUUGAAUAUUAUACACCUCCCUUUAAGUUUUAUGACCUGUUCGGCUCCAUUAUUGGCAUUUGAUAACGUGUUCCAAAGUCGGUAAAUUUUUUAUUAGACUGACAUUUUAAUAAAAAAGUUCAGUACUCCACCAGUGCUUAUUACAGUUUUACAUAUCUGUAUUAUUUAAACAUUCUGCCUAGUUACAAGUUAACAGUAUAGUACAUUACAUUUGUAAUAAUGAGCUAUGUAAAUGUUGAAAUUUAUUGCAAGCAUGGGAGAAACUUGAAGACCAAAAAUUCCUGUGGUCUACUGCAAAGAUCUAGGUUUGUUGAAUGAUUUGUUCAAUCGUUAAUUGUUUGCUGGUGCUAAAAUUUUGCAUUUACAUUGUAGUGGGCUUUAUAUAUACUGUGAAUCAUUAAAUUUCGUGGGCAUGAAAUUUCGUGGUUUUGGUAAAAACGGCAAUUUCGUGGGGAAUGGAGAAUAUGAAUUCGUGGAUUUAAACUUUUGAACAUAAAAUGAAUGUGAAUUUUACUUCUUCGUUGGGAUUACAUUUCGUGGAUUGACUCGGCCACGAAAUCCACGAAAGUUAAUCCCCCACAAAUAUUAAUGAUUUCACAGUACAUGUAUUAACCAAAACCAACUGCCAUAUAUGAAUAGUUAUAUUAAAGGGGUACAUUUCCAACUACUGUUCAGUGUUGGUCAGGAUGGACUUCACAUUGAUUAAAGUUUAAGAAUAAAAAUGCAUGAUGGGAUCUGUAGUUGAAACUUCGUGAAACCAUAAAAGACAAUUUACUACUCUGCAGUUUUAUUUAACUUGCAUGUCCACCUCAGUUAAUGCAUGUAAGUAUUGUUACAUUGUGUUAAAGCAGCUUGCUUAUGAGAGAUAUUUAUUCAAUUGCUGCCAUUGUUUGUGUUCAAAAUAGAUGCUUUUAGUAGGCAUAUUUGUUAUUUACGGUUUAUAAUGCUGAUGUACAAAGCAAUUGUAUCAGUGCUGUAUUUAUGAUAUACAUACUAGUAUAAGAUUUUCUGAACAUUUAAGUCAUGUAUAACAGACAAAAUUGAAUAAAACUUUGUAAAAGCCACACAGAA